GAGCCAAACACACCCAGAGAAGGUAUAUAAGCUCUGGGUUUCCAUCUCAAAGUCACCCUGCUACCUGCUACUGCUGCACGUUCAACUUUAUCUGAUCAUCACAACAAGAUGGAAUCAGGUCUUCAUUUCAUGGUGGUCCUGUGUUUGACCAGUGGACUGUGGACUGGAGCAAAUGCAGAGAAUAAGACAGCAUCAGAUGACUGGCCUAAACUAUGCCCUCCUGGUUGGACUGAGUCUGACCAAAAGUGUUACAUAUUCCACUCCAGUAAAAUGGACUGGGCUGAUGCAGAGCGUUUCUGCACUUCUAUCGGUGGAAAUCUGGCUUCCCUCCAAACUACAGAGGAGUACGAGUCUAUCAGAGAGGUGAUUCAGCUAGUGACUGGCACUGACACAAACAUUUGGGUCGGAGGCUACGAUGCAACAAAGGAUGGUGUGUGGCUGUGGAGUGAUGGUUCCAAGUUUGACUUCACAGGAUGGGGCAAAGUGGAGCCCAACGGCCAGGCAAAAGAGAACUGCAUGGAGAUUAACUUUAACGAACAAGAUUAUGUCAACGACACGAUUUGUAGUCUGAAGAAAUCUUUCUUCUGUUCCAAACCCCUGUGAAGACGCCCGCCGUGAGCUGACACAAAUGUCAUGAUGAUGUCACAUCGCCACUGAUGUCACUUCUACCAGGACGUUGAGCCUCGACGACGUCACUGCUGGAAGAUCUAUUGACAGUUCAGAUUUGAUUUCAGUUUGAUCAAUAAAUAAAUAUAUCCUGUUCAGCAA